CUUGGCUACCUCUCGUAUUGGCGCAUAACAGCACCAAUCACCAAGGGAAAACUUGAAAAACGUCACAACCAAAUUCAGGGUUACGUAUGUACCUUAGAUAGAUCGCCAUUGUCUCGUUGGUUGUCAUUGCAAAUAAAAGUCUUUCAAUCUUCCCUUUGUCCCACUGCUCUGAGGGAGAGUUUAAUGUUUCGAAAAGUGUCGUGGCUACGAAUGCGCAACUAGAAGAUAAUAAGUCACUUGCAGUCAAUAGGCAAAAGAGGUCUAUUAUCUAUCUAAUCGGCAUUCAUCAACCAUUCUUUACUCGCCGAACGAUACGACAAUCGUGUCUUCCUUAUUCAAUCUACUCCUUCGAGAAUAUUUAACGGCUCUCUAUUUAUACAUUUAUACAUUUAUCAUUAGACAGUCAGUUCUACUUCGAUCCCAAGAACAGAAUGGCAGGCGUUCUUGCAAAAUUCGUAUCGAAAAAGAUCCUGAAGGAGACAGCAGGGAACCAGUUCGGAGCGGCGGAUCCGUACUUCGAGCAAGUUCCCGCGACAAGGCUUGAUGGCAAACGAACAGGAAAGACUAAGAAGGUCCGCAAAGCCUUACCGCCUGGCCUUUCAGAACACGAUGCGAUGAUCUUGACCAAAGUGAAGAGAAGAGCAUACCGACUAGAUAUGAGCUUUGGUAGCUUCAUGGGACUGAAGUUUGGUUGGGGUAGUAUUAUCGGUCUCUUCCCUUUCGCUGGAGAUGUCGUGGAUGCCCUCCUCGCAAUGAUGGUUGUCCGUACUGCUAAGCAGGUUGAAGGAGGACUUCCGUUUCAUAUAUGGGCCCGGAUGUAUGUGCUGGUGCUCAUAGAUCUUAUCGCCGGGUUGGUCCCGUUUAUCGGAGACAUUGCCGAUGCCAUCAUUCUUGCCAACACGCGCAAUGCGGUGGCAUUAGAAGAUUAUCUACGAAAGAAAGGCCAGAAGAAUCUCCGCGCCAGUAAAUUGCCGGUGCCAGAUGUGGACCCUAGCGAUCCGAGCGAGUUCGAUCGAUUUAAUUCGGAAUCACCUGAGCACGCGUCAUCUCGAGCUACGCGUCAAGGUGCAAGGUCUGAAGGUCAAUUACGAACAGACCAUGUUCCCCAGGAAACUGGUGUCGCAACCGAAUGGACCCAGCCGUCACAACCCGCUCAAGCCAGGGUUCAUGAUGAUCGACGAGGAGGCUCGAGCAGAAGUUUCUUUGGGUUAGGCAGCAAGAGAUCUCGUCCAGCUGAUAUCGAGACUGGUAGACGGAACUAAGGACCCGCUACGAAUUACGAACUGUGGGGUUCAAUUAAGAAGAAGAUCAGAUCGCGUUAAUUAAUUUGGAGGGGCUUUUACGCGUCACGCUACCACAAGUUUGGUUAUUCCGCACGAGACCGUUCACUAUUACUGUUCGGAUUGGCUUUUAUGCUUUUAAUGAUUCUCGACGGUUUCGAAAUUGGAACACGUUGAUAAUUCAUAACGCAGGAUGAUCAUAGCGGGUGUAGGUGCAACGGCAAAAAAGGUAGAUGGAUAGAUGAGAUCAAGAUACCAUACAAACAUUAUGUCAUAAUGGAGGGGGGUUCAUAUUUAAUGAGAUGGCAGCUAGGUAGUAUUAGAUUUUUAUGAGACAAUGGAUUGGACCUGAUGAAACGACAAGCUCUUGUUACUC